GAGACGCAAGUUUGUGUCUUCUUCUCAUUUUGCGUGCUGCUUGUUGACUGGUUAUAGCUUAGCCACAACAACUAAAUGGUCUAACUAUUUUGUCGGUCGGAAAGAUAAAGGAAUAUAGUAAAUCGUAAGAAUCGCGUAAAUAUUUAAAGUAAAAGUAAAAAAAUAUAUAUUUGUUGCAAACAAACUCUGUCGGCAAAUCUCUAGUUGCACACAUGAGCAGAUUAGAAUGUGUGGGGACGUCCUCAAAGCAAACACCACAUGAACAGAUGUCCCCUGCAUGCAUUGACCCCCCCGGGACACAAGAUCAUGUGACUGUAGUUCCAGAGACUGUUGGAGAAAAUCCCCCCACUGAUUUUCCUCGAAGGAGCCAACCUGUCACUGCAGUGUCACAUUCUGUGAAGAAUGGUCACCCAGUAGCACAGAACGUGUUGUCUGCAGGAGAGCCAGCUCCAGAGAAAUCCAGGGAGAGCAGAUCAGGAAUAGGGAGAAAUGCAGUAGCCACUGUAUUCUCCAAUCAAGUCUCUAACAGGAAUGAUAACAACAGCCCAAAGCAGUCAAAAUCACUGACAACAGAAAGAAAGAUUUGUGCCCUACCAUCACCCGCAGUGCUCAUCCCUUCCCCGGAGUCAGAGGAAGACUGCACUGAGGAAGAAGAGCAGGAUGAAGGGUACCAAGCUCCACUUGAACUGAUGGCUGAGUUUCUCAAGUCUGUGAUGGAGAAAGACUACCUUCUGGCCAAGAAACUGUGUCAGAUGAUUCUUAUCUAUGAACCAGAGAACCCAGAGGCCACACAGUUCCUCCUGCUGAUCCAGGAGAAGCUGCUGACAGAGCAAGCAGCAGACCCGAGUGAGGAAGAGGAUGAUGAUUCUAACUCCAGUGAUGAAGAUGACUCAGAGGACUCGGGGAGUGAAGAGAAGUCAGCUCAGAGCACAGGCAGCUCUUCCUCCUCCACAUCCUCCUCCUCAUCAGAGGAGGAGGAGGAGAAAGAACAAGAAGAUGAAAAGCAGGGGAGGAGACACAAACCAUGCCCACCUUCUCACCUAUCCCCUUAGUUGCCAUACUACCCAGUUAGUCUAGUCUUGGAGUUGGAGUCUUGACUCUCCCUCUCUUAACCUGAGCAUUUUUUCCUCUCACUCAGCUCAUAAUGUGUGGUUUAGGGCUCCAGUGAGCUGUGUGCAACACUUCAGUAUAUCCUCAUUAUUCUGUCACUAAAGCAUUGGCUCUUCAGUCUGUAAAUAAAGUCCAA